GCCGGAACUAGCCACUGCCUUAUGGGUCAAAGAAAAUCUGAUAUUCUAGAAAUAGUCGAGUAAGAGCAUUCAUAUAAAAUAAAGAACAGCCGAGUGUAGCGGCGGUCAAAAGAAGCUAUAAUACGGAACGGCACGGCUGGUAACGGGAAAUGUUUGCCUUUAUUAGUAAUCUUCACGAAGGAGGUAGCCAUCAAAUUUGGAUACCCAACAACAAUCGAAAUAUCAAACUUUAAAGGCGUUAAAAAUCUCCAAUUGCAGGAUGGAGGAAGUUGGAGCAUUGUCCUUGUUUUGGAGAUGGUACUUAUAUGCUCUACAUGGCUAUGCUACAGAGAUUAUGUUCACAGCAGGUUGGGAGUUUGUGUUUAACCUGAACUGGAAGCUUAUGGGUAAUACCAGCAUCUGGAUCAUGCCUAUAUAUGGAAUAUCGGGCCUAAUCUGUGAACAGAUUCAUAUAGAAUGCUGUAAAAGAAAAAUUCCACUCUUUGUACGAGGAUUUGUGUACCUAAUUUGGACAUACCUAUGGGAGUUUAGCUCAGGAUUUAUACUGCAACAGUUUGACCUUUGUCCUUGGGACUAUACACAUUAUGACUGGGAUGUCAUGGGAUUGAUAACUUUAGAGUAUGCUCCCCUGUGGUAUCUACUCAGUCUAUUUUUAGACCAGUUUGUACUUCAGUAUACAAGACAACUCUACUGGGGACCAGUUCAUGGAGAUUUUAGAGUCAAAGAUAAACAGAACUAGUUUUCAGUACGUGAAAUAUCGUCUGUAGAUGAAGGGACCAUUUGUUAGAUCUCUCAGACUUGACUCAUUAAUAAAAAUGCUCAAUGUACUAGUGAUAAAUACAGGAUCUAUGUGAAUUGUCAUUCAUUACAACUGAAGAAAAUAAUGGAGAAUCGAAGGACUGUUUGAAAAUUUGCUCUUUUUUACAUGCUUAUUAGUUUAGCUACUAUAGAAUUCAAGUUUCCUUAGUGGAGUUAAUUUAAAAACACACUUGAGGAUAUUUUGGUAUGGUCUAAUUUUGCAUAAUUCUGCCAGAAACCUUGAAGAUUGAUUUUGGCAUAUGCCAUUCUGAUGAUAGAAUACAUUCUAACAUGGCUUGAUUUGUUUGCCAGUUACACAAAAGGAAGUUGAAUUAAUCUAAUAAGUAAAUUCAUUAUAUUA